AUGGCUCCAUUCUCAUCACUUCUCGACUUCAAAGAUACCGUUACCCUUGCCAAUCGUCUAGAUAGGCUGCCAUUGGCAAUUGUCAUCGCUGGGGCCUUCAUGCGUGAAACUGGAACUAAUAUCGCCGAGUACUUACUCUAUUACCAUGAAUAUUGGUCGGAGCUACAGCGUCAAUCGAAUCCGGGACGACAGUACCACCAAGGCAACAUGCUACAAACAUGGAUGAUCUCAUAUCGUGAGAUCCAGAAACGGGACCCGAACGCAGCAGAGCUGCUCCUGCUACUUGCUCGCUUUGACAAUCGAGAUAUCUGGUAUGAAUUGGUCAAAAGUGGCUGCCAAAGCUCUUAUGUCCCAGCUUGGCUCGAAAGGGCCACAUCAAGCGGCAUUUCAUUUAAAAUCGCUGUCAAGAAUCUCAUUGGAUUUUCUCUUCUUGAAGCAAAGAAACAAGGAGGAGGCUAUACGAUGCACCCAGUGGUACAAGACUGGUGUAUCCACCUUGUCAACACAGACCAAAACGUGAAUGCGACUCAGCUUAAUGAACUCGCACUGAUAUCUGUUGGUUUCACUGUCCCUAGCUCACGUGAAAUAAAUUAUUGCGAGCUUCAACAGCGGCUAAUCCCACACGCAAAUUAUGUACGUCGUGAGAGUUUGUCAGGUGAUAGUUUUGCAGUAUGGGAAGCAUAUUAUUACUUAGGGGAUCUCUACUCCGAUCAGGGGAAGCUGAAGGAGGCAGAGGAGAUGUACCAGCGAGCACUGGCAGGGAAGGAGAAGGGCCUAGGUCCAGACCAUACCUCCACUCUCAAUACAGUCGGCAACCUUGGUCUUCUCUAUUCCAAUCAGGGGAAGCUGAAGGAGGCAGAGGAGAUAUACCAGCGAGCAAUGGCAGGGUACGAGAAGGCCCUAGGUCCAGAUCAUACUUCCACUCUCAAAACAGUCAACAACCUUGGGAAUCUCUAUAGAGAUCAGGGGAAGCUAAAGGAGGCUGAGGAGAUGUACCAGCGAGCACUAGCAGGGAAGGAGAAGGCCCUAGGUCCAGACUAUACCUCCACUCUCAAAACAGUCGGCAACCUUGGGAUUCUCUACUCCAAUCAGGGGAAGCUAAAGGAGGCAGAGAAGAUGUACCAGCGAGCACUAGAAGGGUUCGAGAAGGCCCUAGGUCCAGACCAUACCUCUACUCUCAAUACAAUUGACAACCUUGGGAAUCUCUAUAAGGACCAGGGGAAGCUGAAGGAGGCAGAGGAGAUGUACCGGCGAGCACUGGAAGGGUUCGAGAAGGCCCUAGGUCCAGAUCAUUCCUUCGCUGUCAGUACAGUCAACAGCCUUGGGAAUCUCUAUGAAGAUCAGGGGAAGCUGAAGGAGGCAGAGGAGCUGUACCAGCGAGCACUCGCAGGGAAGGAAAAGGCCCUAGGUCAACAACAUACAUCCACUCUCAAUGCAGUCGACAACCUUGGGAGUCUCUACUCCGAUCAGGGGAAGCAGGUAGAACUAGAAAAGAUUAAUCACGCAGGAUUGCCGGGUAGUCAGGCUGUACAUUUAAACAGCAGUAUAGCUCGACGGGCUAUGGAGAGAUUGGCCAGAAAGUUCAAAAAUCGCGGGUAG